GAGAGAGAGGGGGGAAAGCUUUGCCUUUUCUCUUUCCUCAUCUUCCUUUAAAGCUUUGAGCUUUUUCUAGUUUUCAGGCGGCGGGGAGCUUAAGCUUUUAUCCUUCAUCUCUCUUUAACAGUAAACGUCUCUUCAUCAUCAUUAUCAUCUUAUUCUUCGUAUUGUUUUCUCUCCGUUCGCCGCCAUACAGAAUCUCGAAGCGUUUCCUUUAAAGGUAACUCACCUUCGAUUCUGUAGUGGCGGCUUGCUUUUCGUUCAACGCCGAAUGGCCUUCUCUCGACCUUUCAUGGCAGUGUAUGCACUGUGUCCCCAUUAUUGUUAUGGUAUCUCCACACAACACGGUGUUUUGGCUUUGGUAAAAAUACUUUCAAAGGCGAUGUGCAGUCUUUGAAUACAAGAGCGGUCAAUUCUAUCAGAGGGUUUCUUUUCCGGUUGUGUAAGCAUUAAUUGAAGUCUCUUAUUAUCGUAUAAGAGUGAUGGAAUUUGAAAAAAAGAAGAGAUGGAGAUCUGCGGUGUCACGUCUUUUCAAAAACAAAUCAGCUUCUCGAUGCUUUUUCCCAAAGGUUAAGCCGGCUACUUCUAGUCCGAGCUGUACACCUGUGUAUCUCAACGUGUACGAUCUAACGCCCAUGAAUGGUUAUUUUUACUGGGCAGGCCUUGGUAUCUUUCAUUCUGGUGUCGAAGUUCAUGGCGUGGAGUAUGCAUUUGGAGCUCAUGACUACUCAACCAGUGGUGUUUUCGAGGUUGAGCCACGACAGUGCCCGGGGUUCAAGUUUAAGAAGUCGAUAUUCAUAGGAACCACAUCACUGGACCCUGCACAGGUAAGGAAUUUCAUGGAGCACUACUCGGAAAGGUACAAUGGAGAUACAUAUCACUUGAUUGUCAAGAACUGCAACCAUUUCUGUGCUGAUAUUUGUAAGCAGCUGACAGGGAAACACAUUCCUAAAUGGGUAAAUCGACUGGCAAGAAUAGGUUCAAUGUUCAACUGCAUUCUUCCUGAAGGCCUUAGAACUUCAAUUGUAAAACACGAUCCGAAUUAUGAACCGCAAGAUAUUGAGAACAAGAGACUGAGAUCUGCCUUUAGUUGCCUGGCUUUUGUGUCGAGGCAGCGGAAAUCUUUGCAACUUCAAUCGUCCUCAAGAAAAUGCCUACUACCAUCAUCGGAAUCGAAACAAUAGAUGGAACAAUGUUUUUUGUGGAAAGGUUCAGGUAAGAAGGGGAAAAAAUACCGGUUGGAGUUUUUUCUUUGACAUUGAGUUCAUCCCUAGCAAGCUCCAUGAAGGCUUUUGAUGGUUGAAGAUUUGUUUUGGUGGUGUUGUUUCUUUAGUAUGUUGUCAUGUUUGUAGCUCAACACUAAUGUGCUUAAAAAUUGUUAUUUUGAGAUGCUGAUUUAUUUAUUCCUCUGGGACAGACUAAUGAAU